GGGGGGGGGGCACACACUUUUUACCACUUUGGAAGUGUCUCUCGCGCAAACUUUUCAGUUUAGAAAAAAAUGAUAUUAGAAACCUCAAUAUCAUUUUUAAAGACCUAUCCAUAGAUACCCCACACGUAUGAGUUUGAUGAAAAAAGAUUUUUUGAGUUUCAGUUCUAAGUAUGGGGAACCCCCAAAAUUUAUUGUUUUUUUUCUAUUUUUGUGUGAACAUCAUAAUGCGGUUCAUAGAAUACAUCUACUUACCAAGUUUGAACAGUAUAGCUUUUAUAGUUUCGGAAAAAAGUGGCUGUGACAGAAUCGGACAGACAGACGGACAUGACGAAUCUAUAAGGGUUCCGUUUUUUGCCAUUUGGCUACGGAACCCUAAAAAAAAAAACAAAGUCGUGUCAGGUGUCAGGCGAAUCCAACAGCUAGUGCCAUAGACAUACAAUAUAACCUAGUGCACAUAUUAUUUUACUCCCUGGGGUAUUACAAAAUCUGUCAAAUUAGACUGUAUUACAAGGGCAUAAAUCAUUUUUUUAUUUUGUAUUUCUUUGAAAAUUACAACCAGUGAUCGUAGUUUUUUCAUCAAAACAGUGUUAAUGAUAAUGAUAAAGGUUGGAUUUACUCUGAACAUUCGAGUCAUUAAUGUUAAAAAUGAUAGCUCCAGUUAAAGAUCAUUUCCUGUACUUUGCCUAUGGCAGUAAUUUACUGAAAAAACGAAUUCGUAUUAACAAUCCUACAGCAGAAUUCUUGGGCAUCGGCCGGCUUGAUAAUCAUAUACUUGAUUUCAUGAAGUAUUCGGAUCACUGGCGAGGAACUUCUGCUACUAUAGUACCUAAACAGGGUUCUAUUAUAUGGGGGGCCAUCUGGAGGUUGCAUAACAAUGAUAUGCCAGCAUUAGACUGGCAAGAAGGUGUAGAAACUAACUGGUAUUUUCCUAAAACGGUGGAAAUUACUACACCAGAUGGUCAAAAAGUGGAAUGCCGCACUUACCAACAAACUACCAACCCACCAGCCCGAGAGGAGGAUGAUGACAUACCAGUGGACCGGAGGCCAUCCAUGACCUACCUGAAUGUGAUCUUGAAGGGAGCAGUUGAAUGUCAACUGCCUCCAGAUUACAUAGAGAAGCUUAAUAAGUUACCUCACAAUGGCCAAGAAGCCUCUCCCAAAAUGAUUGCAAAAUUGGAUUUAUAAAAUGAUGCAUUUUAUGACUUGAUGAACUGAAAUGAAUAUAAUUAUAUUUUGAAUAUACUGUU